AAAUACAUUUUAAUCCCUUUGAAUUCAAUUUGUGGUUGAUUUUCCACCGAACAAACAACCUCAUAUUAAUUCGGUUAGGUCAAUUUUUGAUAUCGUGGUUCUAACAACUGCCAUUAAAAAAAAACUUCUAAUCAUACCCAUUAAUUCAAUUAAAUGAACUUAUCCAAUAACAUGGAAAUUGCAUUUAGUCGUCCCGCGUCAUUUCUUCAAGGCUUUUCUACCGGGUACGGCCACUAAACUUCUGAGUCUUUUUAUGCUAAUUAGCAGCUAGUUUCGUAGGCCCUGUACACAAAAAAAUAUUGUACCAAACGACCCAUUGAUUGUGGUGGCAUGUUUGUUUGUUAUAUAAGUGUGCAAGGUUGAAAACAUGCAACAAAAAUUUACUUACGUUGCUAAUAUUGAUUGUUUUUUGUUUGGACGUUUAUAAGUAUUUGAACAAUUGGGUACCAGUGGUAGCUGGCAGUUUUACAAUGAUCCACAGGGUAUUGUUAGCGGUUUUAGCUCUCCAGCUGAUCGUUGGAGGGUUCUGUGCCCCAAUCGAAACACUUGGUGAGGACGUCGACGAAGUACCAGAAGCUAGAAGUCCGGACUUGUUCAACCUCUUUUUACCCACCGAGGACAUUUUUAAGUUCGUGAGGAAGCUAAUGGACACAGCUUCGCAGUCAUCAAAAAUCGCCUUAAGGAGGAUUCAAAAGGAUGCUGACAAGAGACAAAAUUUCAGAAAGGAGGUGGAGGAUUUGGUAGGAAAAGUGAGGGAAUCCAAAAUCCCUGUUCUGGAUGAUAUGCCCAAACUCUUCAAUGUCAAAACUGAUCAGGAACAAUAGAAUUAUGUUAUAGUUUAAGGCUUCUACUUGUACAUCACACUAGUUAAGGUUUUUUGAUAAUAAAACUGUUUGCUUAA